AUGUGUGGAAUCUGUUGUUCUGUAAGCUUUUCUGUUGAGCAUUUCAGUAAAGAUUUAGAAGAAGAUUUACUGUACAGUCUUAAUCGACGGGGACCCGAUAGUGGUAAACAGGUAUUAAAGUCUGACGUUAACUACCAGUGUUUAUUUUCUGGUCAUGUCCUUCAUUUAAGAGGUGUUUUGACUGCCCAGCCUGUAGAAGAUGAAAGAGGUAAUGUGUUCCUAUGGAAUGGAGAAGUCUUUAGUGGAAUAAAGUUUGAAGCCGAAGAAAAUGAUACUCAGAUUAUGUUUAAUUACCUUUCUUCUUGUAUGAAUGAGUCUGAUAUUUUAUCACUCUUCUCAGAAGUCCAAGGUCCUUGGUCUUUCAUAUAUUAUCAAGCAUCUACUCAUUACUUAUGGUUUGGUCGGGAUUUUUUUGGUCGCCGUAGCUUGCUUUGGCAAUUUAGUAAUUUGGGCAAGAGUUUCUGCCUCUCAUCAGUGGGCACCCAAAAAUCUACAGUGGCAAAUCAGUGGCAAGAAGUUCCAGCAUCUGGAAUUUUUAGAAUUGAUCUCAAAUCUACUGCCAUUUCUGGAUGUGUAAUUUUAAAAUUAUAUCCUUGGAAAUGUAUACCUAAGGAGAAUGUUCUUGAUGAAUGUGUUAAUAGCCUGAGUUGGAUUUCAGGAGACUUACCAGCAUUUGUAUCAGUAAUACCAAAUGAAGCCAAACUGUAUCUUGAAAAACCUGUUGUUCCUUUAAACAUGAUGUUACCACAAGCUUCAUUGGAAACUCACUGCAGAAACACUACCAGCAUUCCACCUACAAGAGAGACACUUCAGAUCUUUCUUACAGAUGGACACAUGAAAAAAGUAGUUCAGCAGUUUAUUGAUAUCCUGAGUCUUGCAGUCAAGAGACGUGUCUUGUAUUUACAUAGAGAUGAAAACCUGGUACCAAAUGAAGUUGCAAAAAUUUGUACUAGGAAAGCAAAUGUUGCAGUCCUAUUUUCUGGAGGCAUUGAUUCCAUGGUGAUAGCAACCCUUGCUGAUCGUCAUAUUCCUUUAGAUGAACCAAUUGAUCUUCUUAAUGUAGCUUUCAUGAGUGAAGCUAAGAUCUCACCAGCUAACUUUAAUAAAAAGAGGAGCAAACAGAAUAAUUGUGAAAUACCUUCUGAAGAAUUCUCAAACAAUGUUGCUGCUGAUAGUCCUGAUGAUAAUAUACCAGAUAGAGUCACAGGAAGAGCAGGACUGAAGGAACUGCAAGCUAUUAACCCUUCUCGAAUUUGGAAUUUUGUUGAAAUUAAUGUUUCUCUAGAAGAACUCCAAAAACUGAGAAGAACUCAAAUAUGUCACUUAAUCCAACCUUCGGAUACAGUUUUGGAUGAUAGCAUUGGCUGUGCAGUCUGGUUUGCUUCUAGAGGAAUUGGUUGGUUAGUAACCCAGGAUGAAGUGAAAUCAUAUCAGAGCAGUGCAAAGGUUAUUCUCACUGGAAUUGGUGCAGAUGAGCAACUUGCAGGUUAUUCUCGUCAUCGCAUCCGCUUUCAGACACUUGGACUGGAAGGAUUGAAUAAGGAAAUAGCAAUGGAACUGGGUCGAAUUUCUUUUAGAAACCUUGGUCGGGAUGACAGAGUUAUUGCUGAUCACGGAAAAGAAGCAAGAUUUCCUUUCCUGGAUGAAAAUGUUGUCUCCUUUCUAAAUUCCCUACCAGUUUGGGAAAAGGCAAACUUGACUUUACCCCGUGGAAUUGGUGAAAAACUAAUUUUACGUCUUGCAGCUGUAGAACUUGGUCUUACAGCCUCCGCUCUUCUACCAAAACGGGCCAUGCAAUUUGGAUCCAGAAUUGCAAAAAUGGAAAAAAAUAAUGAAAAAGCGUCUGAUAAAUGUGGUAGACUCCAAACCAUUUUCUCAGAAAAUCUUUCUUUUAAAAAGGAGAUGAAAUCAUAAUGUCACAAUCACAAUGUAACAAUAUUUUCUGAGUGAUAGUUUUAUAAAAAUAAAAUAUUCUGCUACUUUAUUAUUGUAAAUGUAGUGAUUUUAAGUUCAUUGGGUGAAUUUUUACUUUUCCUGUCACAAAAGUCCUAAAACUCUUAGAAUUCCUAAGCGAUAAUACUGUCUUAUUCCUUCCCCUAACCCCUUUGAUCACAUUGUGUUCAGGUGACUUAUGGUGGGGAUCCCUAAGUAACCUCAGGAUGAGGCUGGUCACCAGAAAGGCCAAGUAUUAGAGAGUUGCAAUUUUGAUACUUGCCCACCCAACUUCUGGACUAGGAUGAUAGACUGGAAUUAAGCUUUAUUAAAAAUCUUGAAAGAUUUGAUGAUUUUCCAGUUUGGAGGUACUGGGAGGAUGGCAAGGCCAGGGGGGCA